AUGAAUAUUUUCUAGUCUAACUAACUGUCACCUUUUAUAAGUUAAAAGAUAGUUAAAAAGACCACAGUUGUUAUGCAACCGAAUCAAUUAAAGAAGAGUCAUGUAGAUGCUAAGCCUAUAAGAUUCUUAGAGUGGGAUGAUGAUGCAAAAUAGAUAAAAUUAUGUUUGGAUUUAAAGAGAUAUGUAAGUUAAUUAUAAUAUUAAAAUAUAGAAUUCACUUUUUAGAACUGGACCUGCUUCAUUUAUUGUAUUUGUUGUUGCGAGAUCAGAAAUAAAUUAAAUUUCUAAAUUGAAUUUAGAUAAGAGUUUACCUCUUAUAGAUACUAAACUAUAAAAAGGUAUUUAUAUUUGGAAUCAUGUUAUAUACAAUGAGCAUAAAAACAUUUNA